UGACCAAUAGGACAGAGCGGGUCGUUCGCGCAGCCGCGGUGUGUGCGGGAGUUUGAGAGGCGGCGGGAUUGUGAUCGGUGCUGUCAGCAACCGGAGGCCAAGCUCCGGUCCCGGCAGGAGGGGCAGGGUGCGCGCGGCUACCGCUGAUCUCGCUAUGUUUUCACCACGGACACCUGCAAGUGCCAAGAGGCCUCAGGCGAGCUGCCACGGGUCUCCGCUGCCUCGCAGCGGCCGGCGGAGUGUGCCGGCCGGAGGAGCAGGGGUUUUAUCGCCGGCCUGGCGGUCCAGUCUGUGUAACCGUUCAACACCAACCAGAGGAGCACAGUUUCAAACAGUUGCUGAGACGCUCAACUACGAAAUAAGAAGUUUUGGAUCUUCCCUUCCUGUUAAGGUUAUGGAGGCCAUAACUCUAGCUGAAGUGCAUGAGCCAUUAAGUGUUAAAAUAAGUGAGACUGGAUGGGCAUGGCUUAUCUGUGGUGAAAAACUAAUUGUCUGGAAGGUUGGCCAGAUGCCUGUUACUAAGUUGUCUAUUUGUAAAGAAUUCCAGUUGCCACCUUGUGAUCUUCCUUAUGUGGCAGACCUGGUGGCUUUAUCACAACCAAAUGAAUACAGUUCCUUACAGUGUGUAUCUGUGAUGGCAGUUUCCAGGCAGGGAACGAUAUGUUAUUGGUCCAGUCUCACCCAUGAAGAAUCUUGCACAGAAACAACAGUAGAUUUUGGCAGUGCUGAUUGGAAGUGUCUAACUGGUAUAACGGGAGGUGGAUUUAUUCUUGCUUCCCAACAAAACAAUUUGCUGAGAUUAACACCAGACGGUUCGGGAAGAGUGAGCUUCCGCCCUGUGCAACAAGGGCAGGGUAUGCUUUCAGGGCUAGGCCGCAGGGUUUCAUCACUCUUCGGCAUCUUGACACCAACUACCAAUGAUGUGUUGAGCUCUGUGCUGUGGGAUGAUGAGAACAAGUGCCUCUAUACCCUGACUAAUUCUAGUCUGAAUAAAUGGGAAGUGGAUGAGACAUCCGAACGGCAUAUUUUCAGCUGGGAACUAAACAGAUCCAUGAAAGAAGACCUGGGAUAUUCCAUUUGGGGAGCUGAUGAAAAUUAUGAAACCAGUAAGUCUGCAAUCAAUACACAGUAUCUGGAUUUGCAACUGAGCAAAGAGGGUCUGGUGGUUUUGAUAGCAGCCUGGAACCAGGAAGACAAUCCAUGCCUAAUCUACUACAUCUUAGCCACUAUCCAGGAUAUUGGAUAUCGAAUAACUGAUGAAAUUCGAAUGGAAGUCACUGAAUAUUAUCCUUUAUACCAGCCUGAUAGGGAGCUUCCAUGCCAGCGGUUUUUAAUACCAGAUUACUCAAGCCAAGCAGCAUACCUUUACACAUACGAUAUGGUCUUUGCCUGUUCUACUGGGACUGGACGAGCUGGCCUGCCUCAGGAAAAACUUCACUUGAAUAUGCCAGGUGACGGUAUCCUGGGUGGGGGAAGCCUUGCUGGAUUUCCUGUCCUUUUCUGCAGGCACAGUGGUUUAGUUGCAGCUCGCCCAAAGGAAAUUGUAUCAAAGUUACCGGAAAAUAUCGAAGAUUCUCUGGCUUUAUCAACCUCUGGAGCAGUAGCUCAGGGAGAGACUGAUGGCAGGCAACCAUUUGAAAAAUCUGUUGUGGAGCCACAAGAGGAUAAAAUUAAGAUGUUGAAAACUGCCUUUGUGAUGUAUUGCAGAAAGGAUAUUGUUGGUGCCCAGACAAUGUUGGAAGAAAUCUUCCCAGACAAUGUUGAUAUGGGGUUGGACUCCGAACUGGACAAUGCUGUGGCACAAAUCAGUCUCGAUCUAAUCAAUGACUACCCAGCAUGUGAUCCCCGCUGGGCUGAAUCGGUACCAAAUGAUGAAAGUAGAUUUAGCAACACUUCCUUGUUACUGCUUCAUCAACUGGAAGAUAAAAUGAAGGCCCAUUACUGUUUGAUGGAAUUCCUUCGAGAUAUGGAGUUACUAAAUCGGCUUGAGACUAUUAUGGUGCGAGGAUUCCUGAUGGCAACUCGCCUUUUGCUCUGUGAGCAUGCUGAGAAGCUCUCUGCGGCUAUUGUUCUAAAACACAACCACACCAAGCUUCCUGACAUUGUAAAUGCAGCGAUUAAUUCUGCUUUGAGUAAACAGAAAAAGAGUGUUCCACCGAACUUGACUCCAGCAGAUGUUUUCUUCAGAGAGGUCUCCCAGAUCGAUACAGCUUUUGAAUGCUUGUUGGAGGAAGAACAAAACAUUUUGGAGGAAAAUACCCCAUUAUCACUAGAGUGGGCACAAACAGCUAUAAAUGUUAAUAAUAUCCUAAAGGAUAUGUUGCACGCAGCUGUCCACCAUCGACACAACAAAUGUUCGUUUUAUAAGUCAGAAGAGGAUGCUGAACAGGAGCCUGAGUACAUUCCUUGGACAGCAUCCAGUGGUCCAUCUGGUGUGAGGAAUGUGAUUGUAAGGCAGACUGAUAUUAUCCUGAAUAAGGUGUCCCCACAAGUUGACAGCACCAUACGUAAUACCCUUCUGGAGCAAGUCGUGGCACUCCUUGAUUUCUAUCUGGAUGGCUACGUUUGUCAACUCAAGUCAGUGGACAGACCUGCUCAACAGGAAAGAUACAAUAAACUGGACAUGGAAUACACCCAAAAACGGUCACAUCUUCUAUCACAAUUGCUUUCACUUGGGCAACACCAGCUGACUGCUUCACUGGCAGAGAAAUAUUGUGACUUUGACAUCCUGAUUCAAUUAUGUGAACAAACUGAUAACCAGGCCAGGUUACAGCGCUACCUGAACCAGUUUGCAGAUCAGAACUUUUCCGACUUCCUGUUUCGUUGGUACAUGGAAAAGGGGAAACGAGGAAAACUGCUGUCACCGCCAGUGGCCCAGCAUGCACAGUUGGCUAAUUUCCUGCAGUCACAUGAGCAUCUCAGUUGGCUCCAUGAAAUCAACAUCCAGAACUUUGAAAAGGCUCAUCAAACAUUACUGAAUCUUGCUAAUAUGGAGACACGAUACUUUGCAAAGAAGAAAACUCUCUUGAGCCUCAGUAAACUCUCUGUGUUUGCAUCCGACCUCCCCGAGAACCUUCUGCAUGAAAAGAUUGAGGACUUGAAUGCACAAGAGCAGUAUCUGCUUCAUCAGGAUACUCUCCCAAUGGAGUUGUUGGAAAGGAAACAGCUCAACGUAGACACAAUGCCUGUGUUGUCUGCUUCACAACUGAUCGACCUUUACAUCAGUGAUGACAAUGUAAGGGCAAAUGAAUAUGAUUUCAAGAAGGCACUUGAUCUACUGGAGUACGUUGAAAAGGAGGACAAUUCCAUCACUGCUGAUGAACUGAAACUGGAGAUCUUCAGCCGUGCCAUCCAGAGAGAUGAUUGGUCUUUCAGUCCGAAGGAUGAUCCUGUUGAAGCUGCAAAGGAGACCAUCCUGAUAAAAAUCAUAGAAAAGCUCAUGGAUGAAGGAAUUGAGCUAAAACACUACUUGCCAGAAGUAAAGUUCUUGCUACUGUCAGAUCAUCUAGUGACUCUAGGAUCCAAUUCAUAUUUUGAAUUCCUCUUGCAAGCAAACUAUGAACAUUACAUAAAAGCACAAUCUGAAUUGACCUCUAUUGUUUAACAUCCUUCACUCAGAAGGUAAUGUGAAUAAGCCAUCUGCAACAUGAGUGUUUUUUAUAUGUCUCAAAUUAUUAUGUUUCUAAUAAAGUCUAUUAAUUUCACAAAGAUCAUUGAGUUGUAGUUAUACAGCACAGAAAUGGGUCUAACAGCCCAACUCAUCAAUACCAAGUUGUUGACAUGCCUUGCCAACUUCAGUGAACUCGGCUUCUCUGCAAAGCAGUACUUUUGCAAUUUCCCAGCUGUUUUGAAGGCUCAGCUGUAGCUUAAUCAGAGCCAAGUAUUUUGUAAAUAGGAAUAAUGUUUUGUUCAUGCUUUAAGAUUUAAUGAGUGGUGUGUCCCACGGAUCAUUUCUUAGCCUGCAAUACAUUGGUGCAUAUUGACUUGGGAGGAGAAGAUGGAAUGUAUAUUUCUUAUACAGCAUAGAAUAGGCACUUCCAGCCCAGCACCUUUUUAAACACUAAUUUACAAGAACAAUUCACCACAGUGUUUGGACCGCAUGAGGAAACCGGAGCACCCGGAGGAAACCCACACACUCAAGCAGAGAACACAACUCCUUAUUGAUAACGCCAGAAUUAAACUUCUUCUCCCAGAGAGUUGUGGGGGUCUGGAAUGCACUGCCUCGGAAGGUAGUGGAGGCCAAUUCUCUGGAAGCUUUCAAGAAGGAGCUAGAUAGGUAUCUUAUGGAUAGGGGAAUCAAGGGAUAUGGGGACAAGGCAGGAACCGGGUAUUGAUAGUAGUUGAUCAGCCAUGAUCUCAAAUUGGUGGUGCAGGCUCAAAGGGCCAAAUGGUUUACUUCUGCACCUAUUGUCUAUAAACUCUAAACUCCAGAACACCCAGACCUGUAAUAGCAUCACCAGCUGCUACGCUACCAUGGCAAGAAGGGAUAUUUGGGCUCUGCCACAAGCUAGAGUAGGUGGGUGAAAUCUUGCCAGAUGCAGUUCAAUAUAUGAAAGUGUGAGGUAUAAAAGGAAACCAAGUUCAAACUUCUCAAUGUAGAUACUGCAAAUGAGUAAAGUGCAACAGAUCCAGUUACUCAAGCUAACAAAAAAAACUAGCAUUCAGGUGCAGCCUUAUAGUUCAGAGGGCCAAUUACAAAGGGAUUAGAAUAUUAAUAUUGUUCUAAUUGUACAGGGUGUCAUCAAGGCUGAACCUUGAAUAUAGUGUGAAGUUUACGAUGAGGUAAAAAUGGAGGUGACAAAGAGAUUCGUUCAACUAAUUCUUUGAAUGAGGGUUGUCUUCUAGCAAAAGGCAAAACAACUUAACCUAUAUUCUCUUUUUUAAAGAAUUUGUGAUAUUACCCAAUCCUAAGUGAGCAUGAUAGGAUGCAUUUCCAAUUAUGAGAACAUCAAAAAGUCAUGUUAUAAGAGGGCAGUGAUUUAAAACAAGGGAUUUUCUUCUCAUAAUGGGUUUUGAAUCUCGGGAAUUCUAUAUCUCAGAGUAAAGACUAGAUUACUGGAAGUAUUUAAUGGUAAGGUAAAUUUGACUGAUAGCUCUCAAUUCUCCUUAAGAGAACUGGCAAAGAAAGAGAAUUGAGCCACAAGGCAACUACUUUGCUAUUUCUGCAAGACUUGCUUUUCUGCACCAUAACUCCCGUAACAAAGGUAGUUCUACAAAUAGAAAAACUGAGUUGCAGAUAAACAUUUGUCAACCAUGCUUCAUGCUACCCAUGUGAAUUUUCUUUGAAUCCACACA